GACUGCGGGGCCGUAAACAUGGCGGUGAGCCUCCGCGCCCGCUCGCUGAGGCACCUCCGCAUCCGAGGUCGGAAUGACAGCGGCGAGGAGAAUGUCCCGCUUGAUCUCAGCCGAGAACCGUAUGAUAACUUGAGGGAGAUUCUCCAAAAUGUGGCCAAAUUACAAGGUGUUUCAAAUAUGAGAAAACUAGGCCACUUGAAUAAUUUUACUAAGCUUCUUUGUAAUACUGGCCACACUGAAGAAAAAUUAGGUUUUACCUAUGAUGACAUCAUAAUAUGGUAAGUAUUCUGUAAAUUAUUUCUGAGCAAUAUUUGGACACUAAACAAUAUGCGUUUAAAGUAGCUGUUUUGAAUGAAAUGAAAGAAAACAACCUUAAGUCGUUUUAAAACCCU